CCGUCACUGGUGCGGUGCGGGGAAGCGUACCUCACGCCGAAUGUUGCAUCUGCGUCGCCAGGAACACGCAUGGGAUCAUCUCGCGUAUUCGCGCUGUCGAAAUUUGUUACGAAUUAUCACACAGGAUGUGCUUUGAACGGCGUGCCAAACUCCUCCACGCACCAGCGUCGUUGCGUCGCUCGGUUAUAUUAGGAAUAUAUCUUGUGGUGACACGUACGUACAUGUCUAAUACCGGAGCCGUCGAUCGUUUCCGGAAUCGCGGCCGCGGCGCAUCGCAGUGACUCAUUGGAAACUUGUUUCAAGCUACAAGCUACGAGGAGGGACUUCAUGCGCCGCUAUGAAAAAUGUGCCCGUCAUGAUUAUGCAUUGUUCAUUUUGAUACACAAACCUCGCGUGUGCAGAUAGAUUGUUGUUCGAAUUAAUCAACGAGUUGGAAGCCACAAUGGCGGCCUUAAAGGGCUUUAGUACGCGGGACGCUCCUGAGAUGUAGGAGCACUCAUCUUGUUUAUUAGCGUUCGGCACCUCGUCGCCAAGAUACGCGCGGCAAGAGGGGAACAGUGGGAGGUGACAACGAAAUCGUCCCGAAAUGUGCAAGUAAAUCCCGGCACUGCACUAUUGGAUGCCCCGUAGUGAAACAAAAAUGAAAGGAGCGCGUGAACUUCAUAAUCAGCGUUAUUUCCCAACGAUGGAGCGAGACGGUUGCUCGGCAACGAACGAAUCAACAAACGAGCUACUCAGAUCAUUGACAGUUGCCGGCGAGCUUAUUCCGAUUGUAUUCUCUAACGAUAAUUAAAUCGUUCGUGAUUAACGUCGCGCAACGACGUAACGAUGUCGCAGAAAACCGGAAAAAUGAAGAUAGCAGCGAGUUAUAAGGUGGCCGAACCGAUACAUAAUUUGAGGAUAAGAGUGCGAGUCGUGCAGCGGAGGUCUCCGCUGGCCGAGUUACUAGCCGAGGAGUCCGAGGGCGGCGAGACCAGAGACUCGAACUUUUUGGAGGAGGAGGACCGUAUUUUUAGCUGGCAGGAGAAGGUGUUCAGCCCGUUCGAGAUUGAUUUCUAUGCGGAUGAGAAAAAUUGCCUAACCGAUUGCCAGCGGGAAUACCAUCGGUCUAUCCGCGAUGAGGAGUUACACGGUGCUCGACUGUACUCCUAUACGGAGAACGAUUCCUAUUACGCCGAUGACGGUGUCUUGACAAAGCCUUACAGAUCGUAUUUAUCCGCGAAGAAUCAGACCGCUUUGCCAGCAAUACAGAAUCUGAAGCCCUUUCGGGAACGGUACAAUAAGAACGUGCUGGACGACGGACCCACGGACGCCAGGAUCCGUUCGGCUCAUUAUCUCUAUACCGAACGCACUACGAUGUACGUAAUGGCCGAUCUCUCUCGCAAGGAUGAACCGGCCACCGGGUCGACGGAUUCGGAAACGCUGCUCUGCUCCGUGACUUAUGACAAGGCGCGCAAACUGCUGACGGUCAGCCCCGAUUUUACGUUCGAUGACGAGCACGACGACGAGUGCCACUAUAGCGUGACCAAUAGUUACGGUAUCAAGUUCAAUUAUCGAAUCGAGCACGUUUCUCAGGGCCGGACGUCCCCGGAGCUGCAGGAACAACGCGAAGACACGCGGCGUGAGAUACAGCAACUGUUGGCUUAUAAAGAAGCAGAGUUACAUAAGGAGAUGCAAUUAGCACCAGCCAAUUUGUCUACAAUAUUUUUAACCUUGGAUAUCGUAUCGGGCCAUGGUUUUUCUUACGACGGAUUGUUUAUCACAUAUUUUAUGGAUCUGCCACAAUAUUGGAGUACGAAACAGAAGGACCGACUGUCUGGGAGAACACAAAAGUGUCGUUUAGAACGUGGAUCGGCGCAUUUUAGUUAUUGCACCGACGUAUCGUUGCAUUAUCCGUCAAGUGAAUUUCAACGAGCAAAAGACAACGCAUCAUCGUUCUGGCCUCGCGUAUUGUUCUCUGUAGCAUCUUUGGACAGCUGGACCAGGUAUCGAAUACAAGGAUAUGCGGUAUUAUCGAUACCGAGGACACCCGGUUCGUACAAAUUAACAGUGCCUACAUGGCGUGCGAAAGGAAACAUCGUCGACAGGUUGAGACGAUUUUUCAUCGGCGGAUCGCACGAGCUCGAGGAUAUAACGUAUUGCGGUAUUCCAAUUGCGCACGAGGGCAAGGUUUUAGACAAGUCGAAUUUGCACGUUGUACCGAGUGGGAGCAUCAAAAUCAACGUGAAUAUUGUGCAUCAGAAUGGCAUAAAUAGAAAACAUUUUAAUGAUCAUAACUCGGAUAAAGUGAGCGCCGACGCGCUCAUGAACAAUGUUGAGAGUGUUCUUGAGCAAUUUAAAGCAGCCAAAGAACGUAUGAUAAAAAUAAGAGCAAUGAACUUGUAGGAUUUACGCGUUAUGUCAAAUAGCAAAAAUGACUGACACAAAAUGAUUAAAACAGCUAUAAAUAAUUGAUGAGCAAGGUGUAACUAAUAGAUAAUUGAAAAGACUAAGAAAGUUGAGACAUUUUAAUCGAGAUAUAACAUCAGACUGAUAUUUUUAGAGCUGUAAAUAUAGAGUAUAAGCCCACAUAACAUUUUGCAAGUAUUUUGCUAAGAAUUUGCUCAGAAGUGUUGCAAACAAAAUGGCAACAAGGUGAGUCCUCAUUUGUUUCAAUAUUGGUAGCAAAGAAACACGAAAACAGCAACUUUACAGCACCUUUGGGGCAACAGUUGCGGUGAAAAAUAUAUAAUUAUGGCAUUAUGUCAACAAAAGUGUGGCAAAAGUUAAUUUCUGUCAUUAUUAUAGCAACAUGACAGCAAUAAUUGCCAGCAAAUAGAUUGCACUACUUUGCUUUAGCAAAAAAUGUUAUCUGGGAGUAUAAAUGUAGAUAGGAAAUAAAUUAUAUUAGGUUGGCCAAAAA